AUGUCUGAUGAUAUUAAUAAUCCAAAGAAAUACAGUGAAUUGAAAAGCAUCUAUAAAUACCACAUUGAUUCAUUCACUGCAUUAUAUCAGUUAAAAACCGAUAAUGACGAUGAAUUAAACUCGAUUUACAAAAUGAUCAAAACAAACUUGAUUGAUUCACAGAAUAUAUCUCCCAAAACUAUUGCGAAGUCUAUUUUAAUAAUAAUUCCGUAUAAUAACCGCUAUGCAAAGUCAUACCUGAAACUUGCUAAACUCAUCACUGAUGAAUAUCAAGUAAAAGAGGUCAAACCCAUUCCAGAUAUUUCAACAUACUUAUUUAAUAAAGAAUAUGGAAUUAUUUUAAACCAAUCACGUUAUGUCAAACAUUUUAAUACUAGAAAUCUCGAUAUUCAUUCAGAAAAUACUAUUUACAGAGCAAUUAUGUAUAACGAUCUUGAAAAAUUCAUCUUUUUCACAGAACAAGAAGAAUUUGAUAAAAAUCAAAAACUUUCUAGCCAAUUAUAUCCAAUACAAGCGUUUUCAUACAAUAAGUAUUCAUUACUUGAAUUAUGUUGUUAUCAUGGAGCAGUUGAUUGUUUCAAGUUAUUACGAUCUAAAUUUAACUCAGAAAUAACACAAUCAUGUCUAGAAUUAUCAUUUUUAGGAGGAAACAAAGAGAUCAUGAGUGAAUGUUUGAAAUAUCAAAAACCAAAUUAUCAAUGCAUGAAACAUGCAAUUAUUUCACACAACAUUGAUUUUGUUACAUUCUUGAUGAAUGAAUACAAUAUAGAUAUCGAUUUAGAAUACUGUGGAUUUUACAAUAAUCUUGAUGCAUUCUUAGUCUAUUAUGAUCAAACUAAUGAUAUCACCAAAUGUUUUGUCUAUUCAUCUAUUUUUAAUACUCCAUCUCUUUGUGAAUAUUUUCUUUCACUUGGUGCAAAUAUCAACGCAAAGGAUAUAUUUGGAAGCACUGCACUCCAUAAAGCAGCACGCUCUAAUUGUAAAGAAACAGUCGAGUUUCUUAUUUCACGAGGUGCAAAUAUCAAUGAAAAAGAUAAUGAUGAAGUAACAGCUCUUCAUGAAGCAGUUCUUAUUGAUAGUCUGGAAAUUUUUAAAAUUCUUCUUUCACAUGGUGCAAAUAUCAAUGAAAGUACAGCUCUUCAUCUAGCAGUACACGAUGGCAGCAAAGAAAUAGUCAAACUUUUUAUUUCACAUGGUGCAAAUGUCAAUUUAAAAGAUGAAAAAGGAGAAACUGCUCUUGUGAUUGCAACAUAUCUUGAUAAUACAGAAUUAGUUGAACUACUUCUUUCACAUGGAUCCUCCGUUAAUUACAGAGACUAUUGUGGGCAUAAAUGUCUAAUAAAUGCAGUAUCCUAUCAUAAUUUAGAAAUAGUUAAACUCCUUCUCAGAUAUGGUGCAAAUAUCAAUGAAAAAGAUAAAUAUGAAGAUACAGCCCUCCAUCAGAUAGCUUUUUAUAAAUCAUUAUUUGGUGAUGUUGAAACAGAAAACAAAAAUAAAGAAAUAGUUGAGUUUCUUAUUUCACACGGUGCAAAUAUCAAUGAAAAAGAUGGCAGAGGAAGAACACCUCUUCAAGUUGCUUCUGAUGAAAAUAAUAAAGAAAUUAUUGAUAUUCUUGUUUCCCAUGGUGCAAAUUAUCAAUGA